AUGGUCGCGGACCUGACGGACACGCACAUCGUGCUGCCCACGAGCGACGGCCCUGCCGUAACAUGCGACCUCCCUGCGCAGGUCGCGGACCUGACGUACACGCGCGCUACCGCUGGUUACCACAUCGUGCUGCCCACGAGCGACGGCACUGCCGUAACAUGCGACCUCCCUGCGAUUGUCGCGGACCUGACCUACACGAAGGCUGCCGCUGGAUAUUGCCACAUCGUGCUGCUCAGGAGCGACGGCACUGCCGUAACAUGCGACCUCCCUGCGAUGGUAGAGGACCUGACGUACACGCAGGCUGCCGCUGGAUAUUGCCACAUCGUGCUGCUCAGGAGCGACGGCACUGCCGUAACAUGCGACCUCCCUGCGAUGGUCGAGGACCUGACGUGCAUGAAGGCUGCCGCUGGAUAUUGCCACAUCGUGCUGCUCAGGAGCGACGGCACUGCCGUAACACGCGACCUCCCUGCAAUGGUCGACGACCUGACGUACACGAAGGCUGCCGCUGGAUAUUGCCACAUCUUGCUGCUCAGGAGCGGCGGCACUGCCAUAACAUGCGACCUCCCUGCGAUGGUCGCGGACCUGACCUGCACGAAGGCUGCCGCUGCAUAUUGCCACAUCGUGCUGCUCAGGAGCGACGGCACUGCUGUAACAUGCGACCUCCCUGCGAUGGUCGAGGACCUGACGUACACGAAGGCUGCCGCUGGAUAUUGCCACAUCGUGCAGCUCAGGAGCGACGGCACUGCCGUAACAUGCGACAUCCCUGAGAUGGUCGAGGACCUGACGUACACGCAGGCUGCCGCUGGAUAUUGCCACAUCGUGCUGCUCAGGAGCGACGGCACUGCUGUAACAUGCGACCUCCUUUUGCUGGUCACGGGCCUCACGUACGCGCAGGCUGCCGCUGGAAGGUGCCACAUUGUGCUGCUCAGGAGCGACGGCACUGCCAUGGCUUGCGGCAAGAUUGAUCACGGUCGGUGCGGCAUUUCUCCGUUGAUCGCGGGCCUGGCCUGCACGCAGGUUGCUGCCGGAAUUUCCGACACAGUCACGCUCAGGAGCGAUGGCACCGCCGUGGCCUGCGCCUACAAUGAUCACGGACAGUGCGAGUUUCCUGCGUUGAACGCGGGCCUGACCUACACGCAGGAGUCCUCGGUGCUAUGGUGUGGACUCGGGGCCAUCUAA